AUGGCGGGGUUGACAAGUGUAGGUCGAUUACUGGAGCGACAUAAGAAUGAUUUUAAUGAUUUAGAUACUUCAAUAUUAAUUCAAAAACUGGAAAAUGCAGGUGUGAUAACUUCCGAAGAGAAGAGGCACCUCGAAGAAGCUAAUUCUUCUUCGAAAAUCACAGAUGGAAUUGUUAGUUUAAUUUCGCGCAAAGGAUACUCCGCUUUUCAAGAUCUGUGUUUAUCUUUGGAAAGUGUGUGCCCUCAUCUUCUAACGAAGUUUGCCCUGGAUAUAGCGGGCUUAGAAACUGAUGGUCCGAACAGCACCAACAAUUUGAAACUUGGUCUCCAGUUGGCGUUGAAAGAAAGAGACUCUAUGUUGAGGGAAAAUGCGGCUGCCGUUCAACAAAGAGAGUCUGCUUUGAGACAAUACAGCGAAAUGAAAAACGAACGAGAUCGGGCCAUCGCCAAUUUGGAAUCUUUGUCGCCAAAACUUACAGCCAGGGAGUUGAACCACUCUGCGGAGAACGGAGACUGCGAUGCUGGUGGACUCUCUCCAUCGAAAUGGGGGGAGAAGAGCUGCUUUUCGGAGGCCUUCACGGAUCCUGUUGAAGAAGUGGGAGGUGAAAGAGAAUGCUGGGAGUUCCACAAUAUCACUCUGUCCAGGGUUUCUGGGUAUGGUUUUGGUAUCGCCGUAAGCGGAGGCAGAGACAAUCCACAGUUCGCCAACGGUGACACUGCUAUCGCCAUUUCGGACGUUCUAAAAGCGGGACCUGCGGAAGGAAAACUCAAGAUUAACGACCGGGUUAUUAGUGCGAACGGAGUGUCCCUGGAAAACGUGGAUUAUGCGACGGCUGUCCAGGUCCUCAGAGAAUGUGGACCCACUGUUAAUUUAGUCAUUAAAAGAAGAAUAGUGUUGCCACCAAAUACGAAUGGCCCCCAAACUCUGAAGGUCACGCUCACCAAGAGCAAGAAAAAAGAUGAUUUCGGAAUUGUACUCGGGUGCUGGAUCUACAUAAAAGAAAUUACGAAUAGAUCAUUGUUAGCUAAGGAUGAAUCCGUUCAAGAAGGGGACAUCCUCACAAAGAUAAAUAAUAAUAGCAUUGAUGGUCUUUCGUUAAAAGAAGCCAAGAAGCUAAUUGAAAAUACGAAAGAAAAGCUGCACCUUGUAAUCAGAAGAGAAGGCAACAAAUCUACGGAUAACCAGGAUCAUGUAUCUAGUCGAUAUAUUCCAGAAAUUAUCAACAUUCCUAAUAAAGAUUUCAAAUCCACAUUGGAAAAGAUCACGGAUAAAAAUAACUUGUCAAGACCUGAUCCACGAUUCAUAUCAUUCCAAAAAGAUGGUAGUGUAGGCAUCCGUCUUACAGGAGGUAAUGAAGUUGGAAUAUUUGUGACAGGUGUCCAACAUGGAACAUCUGCCUUCCUGCAAGGUUUACAAACCGGGGAUAAAAUAUUGAAGGUGAAUGACAUAGAUAUGCGAGGCUUCACCAAAGAGGAAGCUGUAGCAUUAUUGGUUGGAAUACAAGACCAAGUUAAUUUAAUUGUUCAACAUAGAAAAGAUGAAUAUGAGGAUGUUAUCAAUCAUCAGAAAGGCGAUUCCUUUUAUAUCAGAACACAUUUCAGCUAUGAAAGCAAUGUUAAAGGAGAAGUAAGCUUUAAUAAAGGACAAGUUUUUCAUGUGAUCGACACUCUAUAUAAUGGCAAUCCAGGCUCUUGGCUUGUAUAUAGAUUGACCAGAAAUGGGCAAGAAAUACAAAGAGGUGUUAUUCCCAACAGCCAAAGAGCAAAGGAAUUGGCUCAAGCACAGCAAACUUCAUCAAAGAAAGAAGGCGACAGCGACAGUCGUGUAAACUUUUUCCGUCGAAGAGCUCGUCGUUCUAAGUCCCUAUGUAAAGAUCACUGGGAAGAUGUUGUUCUUGCUGAUACAGUCACUCGAUUCCCUCCAUAUGAAAGAGUUAUCCUAAAUCAACCUGGAUUUAUAAGACCAGUUGUGAUAUUUGGACCAAUCACAGACAUAGUUAAAGACAGACUUUUGAAAGAUUACCCAGAAUGCUAUGCAGCACCACAAUCUGAAAAUCAGUUGGAAGAAGAACAAAGCAAUUUAAAAUCACCUGGGAUUAUACGAUUAAGUUCCAUUAGAGAUGUUAUUGAUAAGGGUAAACAUGCCAUCUUAGAUAUAACUCCCAGUGCUGUCGACAGGUUGAAUUAUGCCCAGUUUUAUCCAAUUGUUGUGUUCAUGCAUGCUGAGAACAAACACAUUAUAAAAGAAUUACGAGCUAAAUUCGCAAAGUCAAGCUAUAAAAGUUCAAGAAAAUUAUAUGAACAUUCUGCAAAAUUGGAAAAGUUAUGGUCCCAUAUUUUUACAGCUUCAAUAUCCCUUACUACCGGCGAUUCAUGGUACAAAAAAUUGCAGGAGACGAUUGAUAGGCAACAGAAGCAACCUCUUUGGGUAUCAGAAUCCAAGCCUGAUGAGCCCAUAACAGACGAUUUCCUGUUUCCAAUGUCCUCACGAUUAACUUACGCCUCAUCUCCAGAGAGCGACCUUGACAUUUCCAUCGAUUCCCGUUCGGCAACCCUGAGGGAAUCGGUUUCAUACAACGAGAGGAGGUUGGUCAAGUCUUCCAGUGAUCCUAGCAUUACAGCCGCAGAAGAGUUAGCUGAUGCAAAAAAUUUAAAUCAGUAUCCUGCUUAUAGUUUAGGUAGAAAUGGACAGCUACCCUAUCCUUACUACAUCUUUCGCAGGGAAACUGCCAUACCGUUACAGUCAGUAUUCAAUGUGAACGAUAUGAUGACUUUACCAGCUAGAGUAUUGCCAGUGCAGACGGAAGAUUAUAUUCUGAAUUCAUCAAAGACAAAUGGAUGUAGCACUUUUACGCCACAACAACGUUCCAAAAUUGAUCCUUAUGCUACACUGACACCCAGUGAAAAAAUGGUGAAGCAAAUAAGUGGUGAAUUAAAGGAAAUGUAUGAAACAAGACCUCAUCAUAUGAAUCCACUACCUCCUCAAGUUGACAGAACAAAUAAACCUGCCAGACAUUAUGAGCAUGAAAAUCAAACAUUACCAGAUGUAAAUAUGAAUGUUUCCCAUGACUACAUCAACACUAUGGAAACUUUUGAAACAAUAAACUCUUUUCCAGAUAGACAAAUAUAUAUAGAAAGACCUACAUAUUCUGAUGAAUCUCAUGGCCUUCCAAAUAGCAUGUCAUGCUUUUCUAACCAGCCAAUGUUAUCACCUAAUCAUGACAUAUUAGAUGCUAUACCACAAAGGUCGUUCCCUAAUCCUCCGAUGCCAUAUCAGUCCAUGACUUUAGAUCGAGCCAAAUUUAGCCACAUGAAAGCAAGACAUGACACAAAACCACCACCUCCUCCCCCUCCAGUCAAAUCAGCCAAGACCAGGUUGUCCGAUGGCCGUCCCAUUCCUCCGCCCAAACCCUCACAACUGCAGUUGAGAAAUGUUACCAUGCCCCUGGACAAUUCCAUAAAAAGUCACGAGCUAGUCCCCAAGCAGAACAGUUCCGAUCAGCCCGUGUCACCCUACCACUCCAGGUCCUACCCCACUUCUCCGUCCAAGCCCCCUCCCCCUCCCAAGAGGAGAGAGCCCAGUUACUACAAGCAGCAGACCAAUGGAGCCAUGAUGGGACAUUCUUACAGCCAGGACAACAUGUAUUCUCCGAGCCGAGCGUACAGCAACGUCACGUUCAGGGAUUCCCAGAAGCCUGUUCUGACAAACUCCCCUACGCGCUCUUCUCCCCCUCCCCCACCCCCCAUGGGGCUCGAUCUCUCUUCCAGGGAAAACCGAGGAAGCGCAUUCGAGCUGUAUAAGAAGUCAGAAAUGAAUCAUCACGAUGGUAGCCUGGGAAACCAUAAGAGGUACUUUUUAGAAGAACCGAAUUCAACUCACAAUGUCAUAGCGACAGCCCAAGGUGUCUUUGGCAGUGAAGGGGGCACUCUUACCUCUCGAGAAACUGGAGUGACCGUCAUCAUACCUCCCGGGGCCAUCUGCGAAGGAGAAAGGCAUGAAAUCUAUUUCAAAGUUUGUCAAGACACGAACAUGCUUCCACCCCUAGAUAAAGAUAAAGGAGAGACAUUGUUGAGCCCUUUAGUAAUGUGUGGUCCUCACGGUCUCAAAUUCAAGGUUCCAAUUGAACUCAGACUACCUCAUUGUGCCUCCAUAAGUCCAGAUAGUUGGUCCUUUGCCCUUAAGUCGAGUGAUACAUCAAACGGAGAGCCAGCAGAGUGGCAGAAUGUGUCCUUGGACAACAGAGAUGGUAUGACAUCAAGCCGAGUGGAGAACGAUUACGUUUCUGUACUAGUAGAUCACUUUUAGACUUUUAAAUGUAAAUUAUCCAUGAAACUUGUAAGAUAUUGAAGAUUAUGUCUGCCAAAGAUUUUUGUAUGAAAUAGUUUAUUCGUCUUAGUUCAUGAGAGUUUAGUUAUAAUUUUUCAAGCAUUUCUUUUCUAUUGAAGUAUUUAAAACAUGAUUUAGUCAUUUUGUACUCUUCUUAACCUUGUUUAUUAACUCUUUAUAAUCAAACUGUUAGUUCAUAUGUUUUUUAAAUAUUGCCAACUAAAAUGAUCUUUAUUCCAUUGUUUCUACAAAGUCACUUAUGAAAACUCAUUUCAUUUGGGGAAAAAAUUGCUGUUACAAGUGUUUAAAUGUAAAUAAAAUAUUGCCUGCAAAUUUUGUUUUUCUUUUCAUUUCCAUGCAUCAGAAAGAGCUAUGUUUUGUUUAUUGUGAAUAUUGACCUAUCGGAUAACUGGGUUGGCACAGAAUACUGUGAUUGAGAAAUAUUGUAGAGUGCUGAUAAACAAUGUAUAAACCUACACAGUGUUUUUUUUUUUCUUUUUUAAAUUUAUGUACGCCUUCUAUGUAAAACUUUCUUGAGGCGCAUAUGUACUCCAUUUUUGUUGAGCACAAUGUUUCCAUUAUCUUUUUAUUCAUUCCUU